CUUGAUCCGGUCCAAAUAGAAAAUCAGUCCAAGAUGUGGAAUAACCUAACCCUACCUCCGCUUAUAUUUACACCGUUUCUCUUCGGCGUGCCAAAUUAUCCGAUCUUCUGUCUCUGCCGCUCAUAUCCUGACGCUCGUACGGUAUAUUGCUCUCUCCGUUUCCAUCUCCAUUCUCCUCCCCCUUAGCUGCUCGGUAUAUUGCUCUCUGAAAGUUCUGUUUUUUCAUUUAUGUUUAUUGUCAACUAACCCGUGCAACACCCGUCCACAAAGUAACUCAUCAAUUGAUUAAUAUACGAAUACGUAUUCAUACUUUGAAUACUAUGUUUUGUGCACCUCGGUAGGCACUGUAAAAAAAUUUGAAAUAGAAGAAGUGUAUUUUUGUUUAGAGGUGUAUAAGAUCAAUCUCCUGAAAUAGAAACUACGUUAUGAUAUUUUUUAAUCAUUUGAGACCGUUAUGACAUUUUUUGUGUUUAUAUGUGAAUGAUAUUCCGCCUAUGAAUUACUUUUAAGUGUGAAAUCCCUAUUUAACACUUCUGAAGGCAUUCUAGAAUAGAAUUUGUGUUCUUAUAAAUAAAGUAUUACAGAAUAAAUAAUAACAAUUGCAAAGAUCGUUGCAGAUAAUGUUAUAAACUACAAUUGAGGGUGUUUAACAAAGACUUUGUAGGCGUGAAGCAAGUUUUUUUUUAUUUAUAAAUACGUAGCAAUUAGAAGCCCUUCUUUUCAAAUCCUCAAAUUGUCCAUUAGCAGCAUCAUCCAAAUAAGGCUGAAUAGCAAUGAACCUACGCCAUUUCCUCAAGGUAGUUUCUGAAAUCCUCGUUCUAGUUGUAAACGAAUUUUAAAAUUCAGUACAAAAAAGGGCAGAUCAUUUGCAGGUUUUCUGUGUUGUUUAUGUUGUAAAUGAAUGUACAAGGCAACAAAAGUUAUGACAUGGGGAUUUAUGCAUUAGAAGAAGUAGAUGAAUUUGGAACUUGACAUGAUAAGAAUACCUCUUCACUCGAGCAUGCAGACAAGGAUGGAAAGAGGUGGGAACAGGUCCAACUCUUUCUUUUGAAAUAAAAUGUAAUAAUCUUCAUGGAUGGACAAGGCGGUUGUUGGCGGUUGAUGCUUGUUGGCGGUUGAUGCUGGUUUGAUAACCGCUGAGGUAUAUUGAAAAGGCGCUUGCAAGCAAAGAGGCUGGUGAACAACGAUGUUGAUUGAACUGUUAAAGUUUAACGGAAAAUGGACUAUCUAAUUAAGUUUGGCCUUUCAUUGUAUAAGCAGAGAUGUUUAAGUUUAACUGAAAAAGGACCAUCUAAUUAAGUUUAGCGUUUAUACUCUCCUUUCCUUUAAGAAAACUUUGACAAGUUGGACCAAUAAACUUAAGAAUUGUGUGUUUGUGUUUUGUGCAAAAAUGUGUGUUUGUGUUUGUGCAAAAAUGCGUGUUUGUAUUUUGUGCAAAGUGAAAAACUAACAAUAUUCACAAAUUAAUUGAUUAACUGAUUAAAAGUGAAAGUCACAAAGUUUUUGGAAGACCCAAAAAGGAAAAAAUUCAAAGUUUUAAGGGAAGGAAGAAGCAUUCAAGCAUAUAAUCUAGAUUAUGCCAUAAAUUUCACUGUUCUUAUCUUUACUGGUACUUGGACUCAUCACAUAUAAAUGCUAAUAAAAUUGCUUUGAGCGUCUGUGUUUCUAAAUGGAGUCCUCUCUUCUAUUUGCCUACAGGUUAUCACUUUGUUAUUUCAGAAAUGGCAGUCACAUUCCACAACCUUAGUUCAGAUUCUGGCCUCCAGAAGCUUGAUGAGUACCUUUUGACUCGUAGUUAUGUCACUGGGUAUCAAGCAUCCAAAGAUGACAUUGUGGUGUUUUCGUCCUUGUCCAAGCCCCCAUCUCCACAACUAGUAAAUGUUUCUCGGUGGUACAACCACAUUGACGCACUCUUGCGAAUUUCUGGUGUAACUGGAGAAGGUUGUGGUGUUAUUAUAGAAGGUUCUGCACCUGUCACUGAGUGUGUGGCAACACCACCUGCAUCUGACCCGAAGGCUGCAUCUGCUGAGGAUGAUGAUGAUGAUGAUGUUGACUUGUUUGGAGAGGAGACUGAAGAGGAAAAGAAGGCUGCUGAAGAACGUUCUGCAGCUGUUAAGGCCUCUAUUAAAAAGAAAGAAUCUGGAAAGUCCUCGAUUCUUUUGGAUGUUAAACCAUGGGAUGAUGAGACUGAUAUGAAAAAGCUUGAAGAAGCUGUUAAAAGUGUUUCAUUGGAAGGAUUAUCUUGGGGUGCAUGCAAACUUGUUCCAGUUGGGUAUGGAAUUAAGAAACUGCAAAUCAUGCUCACGGUUGUUGAUGACCUUGUUUCUGUUGAUGAUCUUGUGGAGAAUUAUCUCACUGUUGAACCUAUCAAUGAAUAUGUUCAGAGCUGCGAUAUUGUGGCUUUCAACAAAAUAUGAUUUUUUUGCAUUUUGGGUGCUGAGGGAAUGCGAAGUAUAUGCUGCCUGCCAAGUACUGCUUCAAUAUUAUGUGGUUUUUUUGGAUGCAAUUUUUUUUGUUGAGACUCGUUGUGGUCUUUUGACUUCUGGUUACUGUUCCAUAAUUGAUGUGGAACUUAAACUUGAGUCUAAUUUAUUGGUAAUAUGCCUGCUUUUUACUUUACUGAAGAUUUUAGAAUGUUCAAUUAGCUGCCACCGCCCUUGUGUUAGUGCCCAUCUUCUAUUGGAUUGAUUGUGCUUAAGUAGACUGAUUAAGUUUGAUAAACUCUAAUCUAUCUAGUCUGGUUUGUUACUUCACUGGAAGUUUGGAACCCAAAAUGUUCCAAUGAUGAUUAUAAUAAAAACCCAACAACUCAACAAUUGGACUUCACCUGGAACCCAAAAUGUUCCAAUGAUGAUUAUAGUCAAAACCUAACAACUCAACAGUCAGAUUCGCCGAACACUUGCAGAUUAUACAUGCUAAAUGUUAUUGUGCAAGAAUUUCACUCAAGCUAAAUGUUUAACAAGGAUUCGUGUCAUUCAAAUUCGUGUUUGCUUUUGUCCAUAGUGAUAGUGUAUGAUUAAUGAAGGGAAAAUGAAAACUAGUCUCAUAUACUCAUAAUUCAGGAAUAAUUUUACCUUUGCUACUUUUCAUUUUUCAUCGGACCGGUUGAGGACAUGCAAUUUUAGGUUAUUUCCUUUUUUUUGUAAAACAUUAAAUCAUAAAUUUUACUUUUCACAAAUCUUAUCCGAGUGUUCCAAUGUAUGAUUUUUCUUUUUCUUCCAAAAAAAUUUCUCUGUUCUUUAUCAUCUCAAUGCUAUUAUACUUUUUCUUCUUUUUCAUUUUCAUUUAUUUACCUUGUUUUAUUUUGAUAGAUUUUUCUUAUAUCUUCUUUGCCUUCAUAUUGUUAUAUUUCCUAUUAUGUUUUCAUAUUCUCUGCAGCCUAUUUGUAUUUGUUCUUUAAAAUUUUUAGAAAAGAGAAAAAUAUAGGGGAAAUUCCUCAAAUAUUGCAAGAAUUUGUGGAUACCUUUAAAAUUCUCUAAACAUGAAUACCUUUCGGAUUCUACCAUUGUACUGUUUCAUUACAAUUCAUAUUCCAUUAUUAAUUAAAACACAAAAAAACACAAAAGUAAUAACAUAAUUUUAUUUAUAAUAAAAAUGAAAAAAAUAAAAAAUGAAAAUAAAUAUUAAAUAGAAUUAAUAAAAAUAAAAAAAUUGAAAAACAAAAAUAAGAAAAUUUAAAAAUAAAAAAACAUGAAAACAAAAACACGUGUCAUGUGAACAAUAUCAUCAGAAAAAGUGUCAACAUGUGUCUGUCUGAAAUGCUAUUCUAACGACAACUUUCGAGAAAAGUUUGGCAUUUUCAAAGAUUAAAAAUAUCAUCUUCAUAAUUUAUUCAGAGAAAAAGUGAUAGUUUUUUGCACAAAAUAACACUUUUUUGUCGAUCGGAGUUGGCAUUGCUGGGAGGUAGCCAUGACUCCGAUAAAGGCCUCCUACAUAUCUAUUUUUAUUAUUUUUUAUAAAUUUUUUAUUUUGGAAGUGUUUUUAAAUUCUUUUGAAUUUUAUAUAUUUUGUACGAUGUUUUUAUAAAUUUUUUUAUUCGUUAUUUUAUUAUAAUGUACUCCCUCCGUCCCCCAAUUAAGUUUUCAGUUUGAUUUCACACAUAUUAAGAAAUUAAAUUUGACUUUACUGUGGAGUGCACUGUUUUGCACUGUUCAAACAAUGUUUGGACACAGUUUGACAUUGUUUUGCACUGUUUGACACUGUUUUGAUGUAGAUAAUUUGUCAAAUAAGGAAAGUGAGGAAGUGUGAACUUAAUUUAGGGACUGCCCAAAAAGGAAAAUGAUAACUUAAUUGCGGGACAGAGGGAGUAAUAGAAUAUGAUCAACCUAUUAAGUUAUAGUAAGGGUAGAAUAGAAAGACAAAAUAUACUUUUGUCCUAUUUUGGGAAAAUAAAUAACAUUUUUCUAUUUGUGCAUUUAGAGAGAAAAAUGAUAAAAAUAAAAAGAGAACUUUUAGCGAGAAAAAAGAAAAAUUAUGUAGUAUGUGGGACCACUUGGAGAAGAUAUGUGAAAGGUGGGAUUUAUGAUUUAAUGUUUUGUAAAGAAGAGUAAAUAAUCUGAAAUAGCAGGUCAUGAACAUGUCAAGGAUUGAUGAAAGAAGAGAGGGUGCAAAUGUGAGAUUAUUCCUGAAUUACGAUUAAGUCGGAUUAUUGUAAGAAGACCGCUAAAGGUGAGAUUAUUAGUUUUCAUUUUCCCAUUAAUGAAUCCAUUUGGAGAUUUUGACUAUUAGGGUAUGUUUGGGAAUUGGGAGUUUAGGAUCGACCAUUCCUUUCUUGUUCGAAAGUUUAACAAAUUAGAGAGGUUUUGAAUGGAUUUCUUAACUCUUCAAAUAUUUAAUUUUUUUUAGUUCCACUAAUGUAGAAGGUUUUUGAAGGAUAACAAAUUAAAUGAAUGCAAGUUUAACUAUUUGAAUUCAAUGUUCAACUUCCAAAUUAUAACAUUUAAUAUAAUUUUUGUGAACCUCCCUUUAAAACCA